UGCCAGGCAGCACUGGGCAAUUUGGAAUGAAGACUAUUUCAAAAUUCAAAAGUGCAAGGUGUUUGCUCUCAAAAGCAACAGGGUUAUUUUCUGUGAGAAAAUCUCAAGUGUUUUGGGUCCUUCCUCCUGCCCUUCCUCCACAACCCCCAGAAAUCAAGGGACUAGUUCUAUUGCAACUGAGGAAGAACUGCAAAAAUCCUGUCCAGUCCUUGGUUUUUGCCACCCCGAGCAUGUUUGGCAUAGUUUUAGUUAUUGUUCUACCAGGGACCCUUAUUCCAUGCAUUUAACUAGAGAGGCAUUAACACAUUUCUUCUGGCCUAUAGUACAUUUACUAUAAUACACACUGUUGAUACUUAUAUAGCUGGUGGUGUGAAUACCAUGGACUCUUCUCCAGGAAUGUCUCCCACCUCCAAAAGAUUGGCAGCUUCCCAUGUCUCCUCCAAAUAUACCAGUUCUCCAACUCUAAGUCAGGGGGAUUCUACUCCCCUCCCUUCCAUCAGUGAACGCCUGGCCAUCCUCCGUCCCUCCCGAGAGCUGCUGGAAUACUAUCGUAAGAAGAUUGCAGAGUUUGAUGAAGAACAUCAGGACCUUUUGAAAAGGCUAGAGAGAUACAAAGGAACAUAUGAUGAGCAGCACAAACUCCAGUGGGAAAUGCGCCAACGUGAAGAGGAGAUUGCAGAGUUACAGAAGGCUUUGAGUGACAUGCAAGUUUACCUCUUCCAGGAGAGGGAACAUGUGCUCCGUCUCUAUGCUGAGAAUGACCGACUGAAAAUCAGGGAGCUGGAAGACAGAAAAAAGAUUCAGCAUCUCUUGGCUUUGGUGGGAACAGACACAGGAGAAAUUACCUAUUUUCAUAAGGAGCCUCCUCACAAGGUCACCAUACCUCAAAAACCAGUCAAAUCCUGGGAUCCACAUGUACGGAACGAUACUUAUGCUUCCAGAACAGGCACUAAAAGAAGCACAUCAAAACCAGCAACAAAAGGAGAGAAACCAGAAAGUCCUGAGAGAUAUCACAGAGACAAUCAAACACUAUUACUGCAGGUGGAGGCUCUGCAAGCUCAGAUGGAAGAGCAGACACGGUUGUCCAAGGAGCAGCUUGAUGCACUGCUAGAGGACAGGCGGAUUCACGUAGAGGAAGUCCAAGUCCAGCAUCAGAGGGACCAGGACAGGAUCAAAACCCUGACAGAGAAGCUUCAUCAAACUCAAAACCUGCUGUACGAGAGCACACGUGACUUCCUUCAGCUUAAGUUUGAUGCACGGGCCAAUGAGAAAUCAUGGAUGGCAGAGAAGGACUGUCUGUUGAGGAAGCUUGAUGUAAGCAGGGAUCAGUUUAUCAUCAGCAGGGAGCCGGAGAGAGAGAAGAAGCAGAAGAAGGAGAAGGAAAAGGAGGAGGAGAGAAACAUCAAGCAUACUUCUCAAGCAGAGAGUGAAAUUUGGAAAGCACAGAAUGGAGAACUCAAGUCAUUACAGGAGCAACUGACACAGGCGCACCGAUUGGCAGAUAUGUACCGAGAGCAAUGUAUUGCUCUGGAGGGAGAGCUGGCUAGAAUUCGUGAAGAAGGAGAUGUUGGCAGAGAACUUUUCAAGGAGCGCUCAGAAAAGAUGGGAAAGCGUUUGCAGCUAAUGACACAACGAUAUGAGGCCUUGGAAAAACGGCGUAGUAUGGAGGUGGAGGGCUUCAAGAAUGACAUCAAGCAACUUCGGCAGAGGUUGAAGGACAUAGAGAAACAGCUCUUUAAGGUGACCAUGAACAUUGGACCAGACCAGGACCUAGCAAUUCUGCAUGAGGUCCGCCAAGGAAACAGGCGCACCCAGAAAAUUCAAGGGGAGCUAAGAAACCUAAAGGCAAAAAUCUAUGGCUUGGAGAAUGAGCUACGGAUCUGCUGACACAGAACAUAGCCAGUGCUAGACUAGGAAGGUCACAUUCUCAAGAACAACUGUCAUAAAUCUACUUUCUGCCAUCCUGUGACAGAAGCUUAAGAACAUGUAACCACCUGUGAAUCAAGGGUAUUAUCAGUGUGCUGCAGGGCUUGGAUAUGUGCAAAUUAAUCCUAGGCUGUGGAGGAGGGGACACUCCUUUCAUCUGAACAUGCCUUUCUCUGCUGCCUUUUCCUAGUAGAUGAGACAAUUUAUAGAUGGUACUGUAGUCAUCUUGUAAUGUCUGUAAUAUGUCCUUGGGACAUGCUUACAGCUUCUAGACACCUUGACCAACUAUGAGCACAGAGCAAAAUUUACUGAUGUCCAGAAUCUAGCCAAACACAAAACUACAUUUGUAAUUAAUAGUCAUGCAGUGGAACUAGUCCUUGAGGUCUCACAUGUUCUCUCCUGUCGCUGUUCUAUAUGCAAGAAACUGUAUGAUGCCCUGUUCUACAGUCAUGGGAACUGUAUUAAGAGAAGAUGUUUUUAAACAAAGAUUAAACAUUGUUAGGAUGUCGACUGCAGCCAGUACAUAAUUCACAUUUUCUAAAUUAGGUCCCUACUUCAUCUAGAAAGUGUCUAUUUAAUUUUGCCUAAACACUGAAAUCCUAUAUGUUCUAGGUUGCAUAAUUGUUUUCAAAUGGCUUCUCUUUCCACGGUUCUCUUCCAGCCUACAAAGGACAAAAAGAGAAACAUUCUCAUUAUAAAGCUCCAUCUGUUGUGAGAUCUCAUCUCAAACUAGGGAUGUUAAAUUGUGAGUAGACUAAUCAAAAAGUUGAUGCAUUUUGCAUUGAUUAGUCGAUAGGGCACCUCCACCUUUGAAGUGUAACAACAACCGUAGGGCUGUUGCUACACUUCAAAAACGAAAGUGCCGCAUGGAGCCCUGAGUCAUCUGGUGACUCCCUGCCGACCCUGGGCUCUGUGCAGCGCUGCCACUUUGAAACGCCGUGGGGAGCCCGGCACCAGGCUCCUUGUGGCAUUUCAAAGCAGCAGCACUACGUGGAGCUCGGG